UACUCUUAUUUCUGUGAUUUACAGUGUGCUCCGCCACUGCUAUUCAGAGCUGUCAGCAGAGCCCCAUUGAAGCCCGCAGCCCCAUGGAAGUCCAAUCGAAUCGUCUCUUUUCCAUCCCUGACUGGGUGGUUCUGGAUCAUCAAAUCUUCCCCAAGGACCUCGACUCCUUUCGCAACAACGUGGUGACAUCUGCAGAAGUAUGCGCUAGCAAUAGCGAACUGGUUCGCGUCUCCUUCAUUCUUAGUGCGCUGCCGGGUACAUCCCGUCUAUGCGUGCACCUCAAGGAGGGGCACGAGCUGUCCUGCUUGGACACUGUGGUGGCGGCCCACGGCAAGGCCGUCCUCUUCCGACUGAAGGUCGACUUUGAGGGGCUGACGGGCAAGGCGAUUGACUACUUCAUCUACUGGGCCUACACCUCUGGCCCCAAGCUCUCACUGGUCCCGCGCUACUACUCGACAGUAAAGGAGAUUGCAGCAGCAGAGGAGGGAUCCUGGAGGAGAAGGCUACGGUAUCGUAUGGCAAACUAUAGAGGUAUUGGCCUCUUGCUCACUGGCGAUUCAGAAGAAUUCGUGGUGGCUGAGCUCCGUCUUAAUCUUUCCAAGCUUGAAGACGAUGUAGAUGCACCUCUGGAAGGUGAGCUAUUCAGGCUCCGCUCGGAUGGGGCAGGCGCUGCUGGCGAGUGGGAGGUUAAGAACACGAGCGUCCGUGAUGGCAAGCCUACAUUUCGUGACAUUCAUGGUUGGUGGGAAGCUCACAAGGUUGUUCCUUACGCCAGGUACCUGUGCUGGGUGGACUACUACAGGGGUGUGAUCUUUUGCGAUGUGAACAAUGAUAACCCUGAGCUUCAGUACCUCGCGUUGCCUGUGGGUUAUGUUUUGCCUGGCUACCCUGUUCCCUUCCGCAGCGUAUUGCCACAGGUAUUCCGGGCUGUGUGCAUCACCAAGGAUGAAACAAUGAAGUUCAUCAAUGUUGUCCAUGAUGACAGUUUCCCAAUGGUAUCUGCUGGUUCUAGUUUCACCAUUGUUAUCUCGACAUUGGUGCAUGACUAUGAUGAAAUGAGGUGGCAGGAGGAUCUCAAGAUAGAGUCGCAUGAGCUCUGGGAGAUGGAAGGUUACGAUGAUCAGCUUCCACGCAUUGCGCCGCUGUUCCCACUGAUGAGUGUGGACAACCCCAACAUCAUCUACUUCGUGUUGAGGGAGAGGAAAACUCUUGAUGCUGGUGCAAAGACUUGCGUGGUUACCCUGGACAUGGUUAACAAGAAGGUGUUGUCAUAUAAAGAUAUCAAAGCCAUCCCUGAAGAGGAUCCCGUGAUGGCCUCUUACAAUAUCUUCUUAAAUGUGCCUUUCUUUCCUAGUGAAUUCUCCAAGCACUUGCAAAAGGCUGCUCCAAUGAAGAAGAAAGAGAGCCAGGAAGUAAUUGGCUGUUGAUGGGCUGUCUGCUAGCACUGCGUCUGAUAUCAAACGGCAGCGGUUCACUUUCUUAUACUGUCAGUUGAUCCACUUGCUUGCUUUUGUGGGUUGCCAUCUGUCCGAGUGACUUAAAGUUUAGCUCAAGAUCGUCAAUCUUACCAUCUGGUUUAGACGUUUGUACUGAUGUUUUUAUAGUCGAAACUCGAAAGGAUGUUUCUGCUGGCAUAUUUGUGUUGCCUCUGUGUAUACGAGGCACGACAUUUGCCGUACCUACUUAUGUUGUGUAUCAUGCACUUUAGCACUUAUCUAUAUAUAAAUUAUAGACGGUAGUAAUA